AUGGCUGGUUGGAAUAGCGGACUUUUUGAUUGUUUCAACGACUGUAACAUUUGUCUGUAUGGAUAUUGUUGUCCAGCGUGUCUAUAUGGAGAAAAUGCUGAGAAAAUCGAUGGAAGUAGUUGUUGUGGUGCAUGCUGUGUCUGGUACCUGCUAGCAGGACUUGGUUUAUGUUGUCUAGUACAUUCUGGCAAACGACAAACUUUACGUAGUCGUUUUGGUCUUCAAGAAGAUUGUAAUGAUUGUGUAGCAACAACAUUUUGUGCUCCAUGUGCAAUUUGUCAAGAAGCACGUGAACUUAAAUAUCGUUCAGUUGCUCCUGGAGGACCGACAUUAAUUGUAACACAGCCAACAGGUAUGGGUAUGCCUUCACCAUAUGGACCACCAGUAAAUAUGCCACCACAAUAG